AUGGCGGAAGGACUUAUUAAAAGUUCAAGGAAGACUCCCACAAAGUUUGACAAUGGAUUCGAGCCGACUUUUGACUCCGAUGGAACGCCUUCCUGUCUUACUUGGAAUAUCGAAGACGUUGCAGACUGGAUGGAAUUUUUAGGUUUCAAACAAUAUCGAGUAAGGAAACAAAUCGAUGUUUAAACAUUUGAUGCAGGUCCAUGUUUGAAGAAAUUUGUGCAUGUUCUAUGACUGCUUAUCAAAUUGUUAGAUUAUCAAAAGUACAUUUCACAAAAUGGCACUCAGUUGCUUAGAUAACGGACUUUAUUUCCGCGUCUUGCAUAAUGGCUCACUGACUUAAGCUCUUUAAUCGUCGCAGUGUUCCUGAAAUAUGUGCAGUGACACAAGACUUUUACCCCUACGCUGGGGACGAGGUUGAAUUAUCCCAUGUUUUUGUCUAAACUAACCUAGAAUAAUGAUAAAGGUACACUCGCUUAUGCACAAGAUGUCUUUUAGGGGAAAGUUUACUAGUAUUCUACUUAUGUAAUAUAUCAAACAUGAGAUGCAGUGUUUCAUCACCAGAUGAAACACCGAGAAGAGAGUUGAAAAUACGACGCGCAGCGGAGUAUUUUUGACGAACUUCGAGGUGUUUCAUCUGGUGAUGAAACACUGUGUCGAAUGUUUGAUAUUUCUUCUCAAACAAAAUCAUUUUUGAAGGAGAAAUUAAGGAUGCAAAUACUAAGCAGUGUUUCAUCCGAUUUCCAAACACUCAUUAAACAUUAAUUUNAUCUGAUUUCCAAACACUCAUUAAACAUUAAUUUCCUUUGUAUUUUCUUAAUGAAUUAUUAAUGAGUUUGAGAAUGAAUGUUCUAAUACAGAAAUUUGACAGGUAUUGUUUUCAUUUCCGUUUGCAGUCUUUCAUUAAUUUUAGUAUUGUUAUUGAGGGUGGGGUAGUUCAAGGUGGGUGCAAGAUACUGGGCUCAUUCUUUUUUGUGUGUUUAUUGAUCUCGACUUUGUCUCGGUCAAUAAAGACCCAAAAAAGAAUGAGCCCAAUAUCCAGCCAUCUUGACCUUUGGUCAAUAAUGCAUAUGUAUAGUCCGGACAUCAGUGGGAAUACCCCCUACCCCCUCCCUGGAAACGUCUCCUGGAGCCUGUGAUAUAUUUGAAGACCUUAUUCUUGGAACAGUGGUACUUGUAAAUGUUAUUUUACAUCUAUGUUAAUUAUUCUAGAAUAAUGAUUCUUUUAAGUUUGAGGUUCAUCAGAAUAGAUACAAAGAAUAAUAGUCAACCAUCAGUUUUAUGGUAAGGUCUACAAACUAUUGGUCAUACUCUUAACUUUUUACAGGCCUGCUUUAAAGAUAACCUUAUAAAUGGAAGGAAACUUAUCAAUGUUGAUGCAUCAUCACUGCCGAGAAUGGGAGUAAAUGAUUUUGAACACAUCAAGGUACUUUUCCACCUCCUUAACCUAUUAUUAAUCAUUAUAGUGGUAGUCUUCAUGAGUUAAUUGACAGUGAUAGUGUCCAUGAUCUUGUUAGUAACAGAUUCUUAUGAAACUUUACAUAUAUAUCUCAUUUAGCUUGAUAAUUAAUAUUAUCCAUUUGCCAUUUGCACAUCUCCCAAAAUAUGCCUUGUUCCCCCCACCCCCCCAAAAAGAAUUUUUGCACAAGCGAAAUUUUGGGGAGCAGACAAGGUAUAUUAUGGUGGAUGUGCAAAUGGCAGAUGGCAGCAUUCACAUGAUUCGCAUUCACAUGAAAAAUAAUUAUGGCGACACCUGUAUCAUAGUGUUGUAAAUUUUUUAUGGAGGUUGGGAAACUACAAGUGUCCCAAGUAUAUGAGGCAGGGAAAGCUCCCUGUGAGCACUUUAACACCUUGCCCUUUAUUUCCAGCAAGUAAAUUUUCUUGAACGUAAAAAUAUUACAUGGAUAGUUUAGCUAAGGAGACAAUCAUUUCCAUUCCUUGCCGAGUCACUAAGGAUUUUUGUAUUUAGUAGAAUAUUCAUAAAGGCCGAUAAAAUAAUAUUUCUGAAGCACUUCAUCGGAAACAGCAAAGCAAAUGGAAUUUUUGGGGGUUAAUUUUGAUUUGUAGGUUAAUUCUGUGCUGAAGACAUUUCUUAGUGCCUAACGCUACAGGAGCACUAAGCAAGCUUAAUGUAUGAAAGAGAUAUCAGACAAAUGUCUCUAUGGAGCACUAACCAUAAUUUUUUUUGGUGAUUUUUGCAGGUAUAGCAUUAAAACUUGAAAAAGUUGGCCCAACUAGUUCAGGUUUCAAUCCACAUCCAUCCCUGCUAUCUGUUGUAACAGAAAACAGGUUUUAAUGCCUAAAGAGUCUUAAAUAAGAAUGACCAUUAUGUUUUGGAAUUCAAUUCAUGCCAAAGAAGUUUUAGCUUUUUAAAAAGAUAGCAAAUAGCAUGACGUUACCCCUUUAUGUCAAUGCAAUAUUGUACUAUUGUCUGUCCGAGUUAAGAAGAAAAAAGAAAUAUUUGCUUUCUGCCUUACGCACAUCAUCACUGUCUUAAUGAACAAAGGGCUAAAGGUGCUAGCACAUUAUGUCAGGAAGAAAAUUGUCCUCCAAUUUUGUGUUGUGCAACUCAAGUGUGGGAAUAAGGUUCUGAUUUCUAAUGUUGAAGUAAAAAAACAGUUUGAAUCAGGGAAAGGCAAAACAGUUUGUUUUACCUCUUUACUUUAUUUUACUUCUUUACCCUAGGUAAUAGCCAAAAAGGUCCGUGAAGUGCUGGGAAUAGAGGAACCUUAUUGGAACAGAAGUAUCUCUCUUUUGCAUAGAGAACCCCUUGGCCUUUUCCUUGAAAGAAAAAGCAAAACUGGAGAGGAAGCAGACAUACUGACAUUUGAUGAUUACAAGCGUCAACUUCAAAAGCAAGAACAAGCAAAACAACACAAAAGCAAAAAUAAAAGAUAG